UUUGCCGAUCUCUGCUGACGUCACAUCAUCCAUGCGCCGUAUAACUACCAAUCCCGUACAACACAUGCCUUCUGCAUGUGUUGUACGUAUAAGACUCUGCGACGUUAAAACACGGUAAAACUCCAUGUCUUUUGCAGGUACGAUGUUAUCAAAUUACGAUAACAAUCUAAUUCUCAGUAUUUCUUCAUGAGAAAUAUGUAGUAAAUAAUUUUUCAAUAAUAUUAAACUAAUGUUUCUGACCACGGUCAAGAGACCAAUUAUAUACACAUUGUUUUGGAUGGACCCCACCCCGAUGUGUUUGUUUACAUGUGAAGAUAAAGGCCCUGGGACAGUACACCUGAUAAAGGAUAGCCUUAUCCUGUAAAUGAUACCAAACCAUGGAAUAUCUGAUUUGAAACGAUGAACAUUUGUAAAAAUAAGUAAAAAUCAAAGUUUUUAAAAUUUAUUGGUGCUUCUUCUUGUUGUUGUUGACAAGUUGUUGCAGGAUAAAUUCGUACCGUUCCGACAAGGACUACAUAAUGGCCCCAGAACCCCUUCAGGGGACCGGAAAUCAACACGUGGCCACCGAAUCUCCUCCUCGAAGAAAACCCCCCCGACGCCUCACCCCAGAGGAGAGGGGGGUCAUGCUCGAAAAGCGAAGAAACACCGUGCCCGAACUCCUCGGCCCCCUCGUGGACGCCGGACGGGCGAAAGAUGUACGAAAAUUACGAAAUCUCUCUCGAAAAUGGGAUUUACACCUGCGUCACGUGCGGUUUUGUGACGGGGCCGCAAUACAAAGAAAAUUGGAAGCGAUUACAACUGAUUAAAAGGCACGUUAAGGCGGCACAUUUAAACGCGUAUCAAUGUCAUUUGUGCGAAAAGAAGUUUAUCAGUAGUAAAGGUUACCAGCUCCACCUCCGUAAGAUGCAUCCCCCCGAAGAAUUCAAGGCCCCCCUCCGGCUUUGUGAUCUCUGUGGAAAAUCCGUCUCCAACCUGGACGCGCAUUUGUGGGGUCACAAUACCCCCGAGGAAAAAGAGCAAGUCGUCCAGUCCGGAAGAGGCUUCGCGAUCUUGCCGUGUGACCGGUGUGGCAAAGAAUUUACCGGUUUUGACAAAUUCGCGGCGCAUCAAACGAUCCGGAAUCGGUGCAAAGGGACCGGGCAUCCGGUAGAAUUUACGUCUCCGAAUCCAGGUUCAGCCCGGAAAAUUGCAUGUGCCACGUGUGGCAAACCGGUCUUUUACACGAACCUCCCCCAGCACGAGUGGACCCACAAAAAUCGGAUAGAAAAAGCGGAGAGUGCCCGACUCGGGAAGGCACCAAUACCUCGAUGUCACGUGUGCGACAAACUCGUGACUCGCUCGGCUCUCAAGAGUCAUCUCCAAAGUCAUGGAAAUAUACCGGAAGUUGAGAGGAAAUUAAAGUACUUAAGAAACGUGGAUCAUGAAGGUGUCCCCCUUUCCCCCAGUGGGAAAGAUGACGGUUUGUUGCAAUGUCCUGAACCGGCCUGCUCAUCGCGCCUCUUUGCGACGCAAUUCAACUUGGAAGAUCAUAUCAGUCGUCGCACCGGGCGCGGGCGGAGCGCCCCUUCAAAUGUGACGUUUGUCAGGCGCGAUUCCUCGUCAGGAGUGAUCUAAUGCGACACGCGAAGAACCACCCGCCACGUUCCGCCCUCCGUCUCACGUGUCCCCAGUGCCCCGUCCUCUUCGCGAAGCCCAACGAGCUGAGAAAGCACUUGACGGUGGACCACGCCGUCCCGAAGGAAAGCGCGACGGAGAGAAGGCGCAAAUACCGCGAGGGAGCAAAAAAUCUUGGUGAGCGAAUAUGUACCAGUUCACAUUCAUUAAUUCAAGGGAUACAUUAUUCCUUCAUGAAAUUAAUGAAUAUUUUUUUAUAAUUUUUGACCGAAUGACGAUUGAAUUAUAUGUUCGUGAAUGAAUAAUUUUAUUCAUUGUUCACUUUUCACGAUUUGCUUCAUACAUGACAUAUGUAAAUAUGUUGAGAAAUCAAUCUAAAGGCCGGUGAUUUAAGUCGUCUCCAUCGUUUUUUGAAAACCGACACACAUUUACUUCAAAGUUUUUCCGAUUUUUGGAGCAACAAGUUUUCAAAUAUUAAUCGGGACCAAUUAAAUCAACACCCUUUACUAAGAGAUAAAAUGAGUAAAAAAUUCAUAUUGAACAAUAGCAGUGUCUAAAGAAACACUUUGGACGCCAGCCCCCCCUUUCGAUUUUUAA